AUGUCUGCAUCCAGGUACGUGAGGAGGGUUGGUGUGCAGUUCUCAGCCUCUGUUCUUCAGUGCAACUUCCAAUGCUCGGACAGGCCUCUAGCCAAGGCUCUGAGUGACAUCCAGCGGGUUGAGUGGCUGCUGCUGCUGCUGGCGGUUGCCUGCGUGACCGCAGUGAUCGUGGUGGCGCUGGCGGGAAAUAUCAUGCUGACAGUUUAUCAGAGGAGGUGCCCAAAAAACUGGGGAAGCUACCAUCCAGUUCAACACAGCGCAGCGGUCUGUCCCCCGGCUGCCGUCACGCUCCUCCAUGUGGCGGAUGACAGCGGCCAAGCCUGCCAGGCCAGGGACCUGGAGAAAUUCCUCCUCAGUGUGGGAGUGCCAGUAAAACUUUUCGACUUAGGUGAAGCAUGGGAAAAGGAGGCACUCCCAGCGGAGCCACACAAUGCUCUGGCUGUCCUCCUUUGGUCAAAAGGAUGUAACCAACACCUGGGCAGGCUCGUUGGAGGCCAACGCGGGGUAGCUCGUCCUCAGAUGGAACGCCAGGCCUCAGCGACAGUGAAGGUGGACGUUGUCACGUACGACAGCCUGACCACUGCCGCCGGCGAAGUGCCUUCCUGGCUUACCGCCGUGCCUCUGAGGCAACUGAGGGAACUUUUCACCCAGACUCAUAACCCGGCCUACACGACCCCACAAGCCUGGCCUCCCUCAUCUGGGUGUUUAGGCCUGCAGAGCCAGAUCCAAAGCGCUCUCCAGUUUAAAAGCUGUGAGAAAGUAAAUCUACUGUGAGAUUUUAUGAAUAUGUGCAAGCAAGAAUGCAGCAAUACGAAUUUCAAGAAGGGGAAGGGGAAAGUUCUCAUUGUGUCAUAUCUAUAUUUGUAGUAGCUGUUUCACUGAAUUAUACACAU